AUGGAGGACGCAGUUGUUACAGCAGCACCCAAUCAGCUGCCGGAAGAGAAGGUUCACACCGAUGUUAUGCUCUUUAACCGCUGGUCCUACGACGACGUUGAGGUCAAGGACCUUUCUGUUGACGAUUACAUAACAGCAACAGCCUCCAAACACCCAAUCUACAUGCCCCACACUGCCGGAAGGUACCAGGCCAAGCGGUUCAGGAAGGCCCAGUGCCCCAUUGUGGAGAGGCUGACCAACUCGCUCAUGAUGCAUGGACGUAACAAUGGCAAGAAGAUGAAGGCUGUCUCCAUUGUCAAGCACGCCAUGGAGAUCAUCCACUUGUUGACUGAUGCUAACCCGAUUCAAGUUAUUGUUGAUGCUGUCAUCAACAGUGGGCCCAGAGAAGAUGCAACCAGAAUUGGGUCGGCAGGUGUUGUUAGACGUCAGGCAGUUGAUAUUUCCCCUCUUCGACGUGUAAAUCAGGCGAUAUAUCUUCUGACGACUGGUGCUAGAGAAAGUGCUUUCAGGAAUAUUAAGACUAUUGCCGAAUGUCUUGCCGAUGAGCUCAUCAACGCUGCCAAAGGUUCUUCCAACAGCUAUGCCAUCAAGAAGAAGGAUGAGAUUGAGAGGGUUGCCAAGGCAAACCGUUGA